CUACAGGACGCCUAACGAGCAGGGAGGAGCGUCACGUGCGCGCGGAGUGGAGAUGAGAUGAGUGGAGAUGAGAUGAGUGGAGAUGAGAAAGGAGCGGUUUAUUCUGUAAUGAACACGAGCGAUGUGCUUUAGCGGCGAUUAGAGACAUUUCAUCUAAACUAUCGAACCCGGCAGGAUAGUAGCGAUCCGAUAUCAAUACCUACGUUGGUAUCGAUACUAUCGAUAUAAUUAUCGACUCGCCCACCUCUACUACAAAAUAAUUACCACCUGUGCGGAUGUUAUUAGUUCAGCUUCCGGUUUGUGCACUUUGAUGUUACGACUUGGAGAUAUUUAAAUAUAUAUAGAGAGAGAGAGAGAGAGAGAGAGAGAGAGAGAUCGGAUGAGGGUGUAAAGUUACUGCAGUAGGAUAAUAAAGUUCGAGCGGUGCAAUGGAUACGGUGCUUCACCUCAUCAACCACACAGCAGAGUUUUACAAAUGGAGUCUUACCAUAGCAGACAAGCGGGUAGAGCAAUGGCCCAUGAUGUCAUCACCCCUCCCUACACUGAGCUUUAGCGUGCUGUAUUUACUAUUCCUGUGGGCGGGGCCUCGUUACAUGCAGCACAGAGACGCGUUCAAACUGCGCAAAACUCUCAUCGUCUACAACUUCAGCAUGGUCCUGCUCAACUUCUACAUCUGCAAAGAGCUGUUAUUGGGUUCCAGAGCGGGGGGAUACAGCUACCUCUGCCAGCCGGUCAACUACUCUGAUGAUGUCAAUGAACUUAGGAUAGCCUCAGCUCUGUGGUGGUACUACAUCUCUAAAGGUGUGGAGUUUUUAGACACAGUGUUCUUCAUUAUGAGGAAGAAGUUUAACCAGAUCAGCUUCCUGCAUGUCUACCACCACUGCACCAUGUUCAUCCUCUGGUGGAUCGGUGUCAAAUGGGUCCCUGGAGGCCAGUCAUUUUUCGGUGCGACAAUAAACUCAGGGAUUCACGUGCUGAUGUACAGCUACUACGCUCUCGCCGCUGUGGGGCCGCACAUGCACAAAUACCUGUGGUGGAAAAAAUACCUCACUAUCAUUCAGAUGAUCCAGUUCCACGUCACUAUCGGUCACGCGGCUCACUCUCUGUACUCCGGAUGUCUGUUCCCAGCGUGGAUGCAGUGGACCCUCAUUGCCUACGCCAUCACCUUCAUCAUCCUCUUCGCCAACUUCUACUACCAGACCUACCGCCCCCGGCCGCGUUCCAAAUCACCCCAAAACGCCUGCAACGGGGUCUCCGCCCCUGCCACGCCCAAUGGCUCGGCUCUGAGCUCAGGAGUAGAAAGUGAGCAUGUGAAGGAGAACGGCAGGAAGCACAAGAAGGAGCGAAUGAAGAAGGAGUGAAGGAGGAGGAGCUUCUGGGAGCGUUACAGCAGGGGGACUGUGGGGUUUUACAGGGACGUAGUGUGUGUAGGCUGCGUGUUCACGGGGUAGAGGGUGUCUAAAUAAAACGCUAAGUACGCUAAGAACAGGGGGAAGAGAGAGAUUUAAACUGAUUCAGCGCUGAGGGAGAGCAACAUCACUGCAAUACACCUGAUUUAUUUACUAAUUACCAUAUUCACUGCACGGGUCACUGUGUGGUCGUAUCCCUCACACCACCAAGGACCGCGCAAACCUCCGCUUCAUUCACUGCUCUACACUAUGCCACAGAAUAACGGUUGUCAUGGAAAUGCCACGUCAGCAGGUGAACGGUUCAUUAUCUGAAUCGGAGAAACACGUCGAGAUCAAAACAAAGCAGAGAAAAUGAUCCAAAUAAGACUAAUGCUCAAACACCGGCUCUCACACACACACACACACACACACACACACACACACACACACACACCGAGAUUUUAAUUACUUUAUGUAAUUAGAGUCACAGGGUUCCUCUGAAGGGUGUGUGUGUGUGUGUGUGUGUGUGUGUGUGUGUGUGUGUGUGUGUGUGUGUGUGUGAGGCUGCUUUCACACUUGUUGGUUUGCCCUACAGAAACAGUAACACCAGAGGCUGGAGCACACAAUGAGACAGAACAUGUAUGAGAAGAAGUUUCAGUAGAAAUCCACUGAGGCGUGUUCCAGCUCACACUGCUGUUCGUACAGUUCCACACUAAGUGUUCUGUCGCGUACGUUCACUGCACCUGCUGCUGAUGGACCUCGGAGAUGAUGAUGGUUAUUAAUGUGGAAUUACUCUACAUAUAUAUACAGUAAGUGUUCAGCGGUGUAGAUGUGGAGAACUCUGUGUGAAGAUCAGUGCAUUCCUCUCAAUAAUCUCACACACACACACACACACACACACACACACACACACACACACACAAUACAGUGUUCAGUUUUCACAUAAUAAAGCGAGGCUCCCUUUUCACACCGAAUGUGAAGUGGAUUAGUGGGAUCAGUGGGUUUGGUGGGAUCAGUGGGUUUGGUGGGAUCAGUGGGUUUGGUGGGAUCAGUGGGAUCAGUGGGAUCAGUGGGAUCAGUGGAACUUGUAUAAUCGCUGGCAAUUCAUUCGUCUGAAUUUUAUUAUUUCCCUGAAUUAUAUUUGUACCCUGUAGAUUAUAAAUGUGUGUGUUGACACCAGUGUAUCGGUUGAAUUGAAGCUGGUUCAGGUGAAGCCCAACAUCAUCUCUGUUCCUCCUCCGCUAAUGUUUCUGCCAGCGCUAGUGAACGUUAGAUGUUGUAGACAUUAGUGUGUAGAAGACAAGCUUCUAUUGUUCAUAUUGUUUAUAAAUAAUUCCGCAAAACAACCAUUUGAACAGUUACACAACAACACACCCGAAUAAAAUAUACACACGGCUUUAGGAGUA